AUGUAUAUUCCACAGCUUUUCAAUACCACUCUUGCUUUCAACUCAUCCUACAUCAACACAACAAUAGAGCAAAAUGUCACUACCAGUGGUGAUGUUUUUGGGGGAUGGGAACUUCUACCAACACAAUACACGAGACCAAUAGAGAUGGCAUUUUGGGUAUGGUUUUUCCAAUUAACCUUUGAUCUUAUGAUUCAAACCGGUUAUACAAAGAAAAAACUUUAUCACAAGUUGAAGAAUUGGAACUCAAAAGAUAACAACGAAUUUGAUGAUUUCUAUAAUUCAAUUAGAUUCGAUAAAGAAAUGGAUCUCUUUGAUAAAGUUUUCCAAAACCUUGAUGAUCAAUUGAAAAAUUCUGUUAAAAACAUGAUGAGUGAAGCUGAUUUUGAAGGAUAUUCUAAAACUCAUAUAAAAUAUCGUAACUAUGUCAUGUUGGAUGAUGAAAAUUAUUAUGAUCUUGAUAAAGGAAAUGUACCUUCAAACGUUGGAAUUGAUCAUUUGAAAAGAGUUGGGACUUAUGAACAUUUGUUUGAAUAUUCCAUAACUCUAAAAUUUGAUCAUAAAACUGGUAAAAUAUCUUCAACUUUCAAAUUGAAAACAGAUGAAUCUCUUGAUAAUGGAAUGUCUAGAGAAUUGGCUAAAAAAUUGAAUGAAGCUAGAAAAACAAUUCAAGAAUUCAAUAUUGAGAACCAGGCAAAUAUUCGUGAUUGUUAUAAAGCUGCAUUAUCUUUGAUUUAA